GAAGGCAGCAGAGCGGUUUAUCCAAUCGUUGGCGAUGUAAACAAACAGAGGCAGCGCGGCCAUUACACUCAGAGAAGAGUUGGACACGGAGUUGAACGUCGGAUUCCUCUGCCGUCGAAGAAAUCCGCCUGUCAGGGUCGUACGCCGGACUGCGUGAGGGGAGUGAAAUGAAAGACCCGAGUCUCAGCAACGUCUCGGCCCCGAACAUGACGAUCAGCAACGAGGUGAUCCUGAGCAGCCAGUUCGGCUCCGAGGACGACCCGUUCGCCGAGUACAUGUGGAUGGAGAACGAGGAGGAGUUCAACAGGCAGGUGGAGGAGGAGCUGUGGGAGGAGGAGUUUAUCGAGCGUUGUUUCCAGGAGAUGUUGGAGGAGGAGGAGCAGUGGGAGUGGUUCAUCCCGUCCAGAGACCUCCCCUCGCAGACCGUCAGUCAGCUGCAGGAGCAGAUCAGUCUGCUGGUUCUGGACGCAGACGUCCACGCGGAUGCCGACUUCGACGUCGUGAUGAACAGCAGUCUGAACCCCAACGCCAAGGAGUUCACCCCGGGCAUCCAGAAACACGUCAUGUGACCCCGCCGGGCCCCGCCUCCCGCUCCAGUCUGCACUGUGACAUCAUCAACAAGAUGUCUGCCGUAUUUUUCAGUCACCACUCGACCUUCAGCCUGACGUGUUGCCAAAGUUCUGCGCUCGCAUGUGUUCAAGUUCAGAGUCCUGUUACUGUUAGUUACUGCAGUCCUGCGCCUGUCUGACUGACUGUCUCUCUCUCUCUCUCUCUCUCUCUCUCUCUCUCUGUCUUUCUCUGCCUGUCUCUCUCUCUCUU